AUGAACAAUCUGGCAAAUACUCUGUCAGACUGUGGUCAGUGGGAAGAGGGGGAAAAGAUUCGGAAGGAAGUACUUGCCCUCCAGCUUGACAUUCUUGGCCCACGACAUGCAGACACAAUCUCCGCAAUGAGUAGUCUCGCCAGCACCUUGUCCAAGUCCGAUCAGCUAGAUGAGGCUGAAAAGAUUGAGCGACAAGUCCUUGAUCUGCGGACUGAUAUCCUUGGAUCACGACAUCCAGAGACGGUCUCGGCAAUGAAUAAUCUCGCAGUCACCUUGUCCAACCAGGACAAGUUGGACGAGGCUGAAAAGAUUCAGCGGGAGAUUCUCAAUUUGCGGCUCGAUACCCUUGGAUUACAACACCCCGAUACUGUGUGGGCAAUGAGCAACCUCGCAAGCACCUUGUCUGAUCUUGGUCGAUCCGACGAGGCAGAGGCAAUGAAACGGGAGAUGCUUUCCCUACAGCUGGAGGUCCUUGGACCACGACAUCCGGACACUAUCUCAGCAAUGAACAAUCUUGCAAACACCUUGAACCACCGUGGUUCAGCGAGGCGUGCUUGCUUUGCGGCUGGCUAUCCUAGGGCACAACAUCCAGACGUUGUUUCGGCAAUGAACAACCUUGCGAUCACCUUGUCCGACCUUGGUCAGUUGGAGGAAGCAGAAAAAAUGAAACGCGAGGUACUCGCUCUACAGCUUGAGAUCCUCGGACCGCACCAUUUGGACACCAUUGCAGCGAUGAGCAGCCUUGCAAGUACCCUCUCCAAAUGUGGAAAACUGGAUGAGGCAGAAAAGAUUCAGCAACAGAAGAAUCUUGCAAACACGCUGUUCAAUCAGGGCCAACUGGCUGAAGCAGAAAGGAUUCAGCGAGAGGUGCUCACUUUGCAGCUCGAUAUACUCGGGUCACAACAUCCAGAUACUGCCUCUGCUAUGACUGACCUCGCAAAGACCUUGUCUGAGCUUGGCCAAUUAGACGAGGCGAAGAAGAUCCAACAAGAAUUAGUUGCUCUAAAUCUCAAUGCCGCCGAAUCAAGUCAUCCAGAUAUCGUCUGUGGGACGAGCAAUCUCACAAUCACUUCGCACAAGCAUAGUCGGACUGAAGAAGCAACCGGAUUCGAACCACAAAGUUCAGCUGAAACCUCGACUCAAACCGUAGCAGAGAUAGACCCGACAAGUGGAUGGAAUUCACAAGCCCGUAGGCCAACACGUCGUUUUAAAGGGUCGACUGAUAAGAGCGGCCAGCUCAAGGAGAAGUGUGAUAAAGCAACGAGCAACAAGCGCAAACGGGAUGAGGCUGAUGACCCUGAGAUAUCCGUCCCAGUUUCUAAGAAAUCCGCCUAUAACACCCGAGGGCUGAGAAGAUAG